GUUUGUUUUUUUUAUGGCUGAUAAAAAACAGUUUGGCCUAUUCAAUGAGCUCAAUGGGCAGUCUCGCAGCGAUAAGUUUUGGCCUAAUCAGGUGGGAACUUUGAGGGGCUUUGGCAGUUCUCUACUGACUUUCCCCUAGACCGGUAUGUUGGUUAAAAUUCUGCUAUUCCUAGGACUUUUUGCCCUGACUUCGUGCCUAGAACAAGUCCGUUAUGAUAACUUUAAAGUCUAUAAAGUGAGAAUAGAUGACCUGGAGCAGUUCAAACUGCUUAACUCUCAGGAGAAGGCCUUGAAGCUCAGCAGUUGGCGUGAGGCUCGUCACCUGGGUGAAUCCUCGGACAUAAUGCUACCACCUCAAUACCAGGAGACCUUUGAAAACCUCCUGACCAGCCACAACUUCACCUAUGAACUCAAGAUCGACAAUGUCCAGGUGCACAUUGAUGCCCAGAGACCCAAACAGCGUAUUACCACCAUGGAAUGGACUCAAUUUCAUACUCUGGCAGAGAUCUAUGCCUGGCUGGAUGUAAUCGAAGAACGUUAUCCGGAUAUAGUCACAGCUUUUACCAUUGGAAACUCCUACGAAGGCAGACCUAUAAGAGGCAUUAAGAUUUCAUAUCAGCAAGGAAAUCCCGCUGUCUUUAUAGAGUCCAACAUUCAUGCCCGCGAAUGGAUUACCUCAUCGACCAUCACUUACUUCAUCGAUGAGCUGCUGGUGCCCAGGAAUCCUGCCGUCAGGGAUAUAGCUCAGAAUGUCGAUUGGUAUAUCAUUCCUGUCCUGAACGUUGAUGGUUUUUCUUAUUCCCACGAGGUGGAACGACUUUGGCGAAAGUCGCGGCUGCCCUCGGAUCCUACGGGGGAGUGCAUAGGAACGGAUCUGAAUCGGAAUUUUGACUAUCUUUGGAUGUUGACCGGAGCCAGUGACGAUCCCUGCUCAGAGCUUUAUGGUGGACCUUCUGCCGAAUCUGAUCCCGAGAUCAGCCAGCUUACCGCCUACAUAAACAACUCCAUACCAGAUGGCAGCAUUAAGAUCUAUAUAUCUUUGCACUCCUAUGGUCAGUAUGUACUAUCGCCCUGGGGGCACACUGCUCUUGAGUUCCCUGAGCACUAUCCCCAAAUGAUGCACGUGGCCAAAGGCUUUUCCGAUGCUCUACUCAGGAGAUAUGGUACGGUUUUCACCUACGGAUCCAGUGCCACGACUUUAUAUGAGGUCUCUGGUUCGGGCAAGGAGUGGGCCUAUGCGGUGAAGAACAUCAAGAUACCCUACACCAUCGAGCUGCGGGAUAAGGGAGAACUGGGCUUUGUCCUUCCACCAGAGGAUAUAAUCCCUGUGGCUCGAGAGGUUACUGAGGGCUUUGUUGGCAUGAUAGCAGCUGCCAGGGAAAUUGAUAUAUUGUAGAUUGUUAAUAAUAUAUAAAAUAUAUGGCAUUUAGAUCAAAAAGUGAAAAUUUUCUA